AUGCGACGACAUUGGUGGUUAUGUUUUGUGCUGACUGGAUUGUUACUAGUAGCAUGUGUGGCGCAUGAUGAGAGUGAUAAUGGUGAUAAUAACUUUGAUGAGAAGAAUGUACUUGAUGAGGAAGAAAGAAGCGCAAAACUUGAAUACAUACCACCGCCAUUUCAAACACCAGUGGUUUCCGGUUCACCUCUCUUGGUAGAUUGGUUCUCGAAUCGUAAUGCAAUUGGUAAAAAGUGGUUCCUAUCAAAGGGUAAAAAGGAUAAUGUAGAAGAUUCGAUAGCCAAAUUCAAUGGUCAGUGGGAAAUAGACACUCCUUCAACAGUUGUAAUCGACAAUGAUUUCGGGUUAAUUGUAAGGACCAAAGCACGACACCAUGCGAUUGCUGCAAAAUUCGAUCAUCCAUUCAAAUUUGAUGGCAAACCUUUAGUUGUACAGUAUGAAGUAAAAUAUGAAGAGGGGCAAGAAUGUGGUGGUGGGUACGUAAAAUUGUUAACAGAAGGUAUAGAGAUGCUGGAAGAAUUUACAGAUAAAACACCAUAUACGAUAUUGUUUGGACCUGAUAAAUGUGGUGCCAAAUCUAAUAUUUUAUUCAUUGUUCGCUUCAAAAAUCCCAAAAACGGCACUAUUUCCGAACACCAUGCGAAACAACCAUCUAAGUCAGUUUCAACAUAUUUUGACGAUCACAAAACCCAUUUAUACACUCUGAUUGUUCGCCCAGAUGAAACAUUUACUGUGCUGAUUGAUGAAAGUAAAAUUAUGUCUGGUAGUUUAAUUACCGAUCUCGAACCGUCGAUUACUCCGCCAGCUAUAAUUGAUGACCCAACAGAUAAAAAACCUGAGACUUGGGAUGAACGCGAAAAAAUUGAUGAUCCAGAUGCUAAAAAACCUGAUGACUGGGACGAAAAUGCUCCUCGAAAAAUUGAAGAUGAGAAUGCUAUAAUGCCCGAUGAUUGGCUUGAAGAAGAGGAAGCUUUAAUUCCUGAUCCAGAGGCAAAGAAACCAUCUGAUUGGGACGAUAGCAUGGAUGGUGAAUGGGAAGCACCGAAAAUUGAUAACCCAAAGUGUAAAGAUCGGAGUGGUUGUGGUAAGUGGACAAAACCAAUGAUCGAUAAUCCAAAUUACAAAGGAAAGUGGAAGCCGCCACGCAUUUCAAAUCCUAAUUAUAAUGGGAAGUGGAAGCCAAAACAAAUCGAGAAUCCGAAUUAUUUCGAACCUCAUCCAUACUCUCAGCUACAACCUGUUACAGCACUUGGAAUUGAACUCUGGACGAUGAGUGCAAACAUCAUCUUUGAUAACAUUUAUGUUGGAGAUGACGAAAAUUCGGCUUCCAAUUUCGCCAAGCAAACUUUCAGAGUCAAACUUGCUCAGGAGGCUGCUUACGAAAGUGCAUUUUCUUCUGAUCAAGGAAUACUUAGUAAACUCGUGUCAGCGACUGAAGAACGGCCAUGGUUAUGGGUUAUUUAUGUAUUAUCCAUUCUUAUACCAGUGAUCAUCAUAGCUGUUAUUUGCUUCGGACGCAAAAGUCACCCUAUUACACAGGAUUAUAAAAAAACUGAUGAACCGCAUCCUGAUGAUGAAGUGCCAGACCUUGUUGGUGACGAUGAUGAAUCUAUGGAGCGCAGUUCACAGGAACCGGAAACACAUGAUGAUAAUGCGAAGGAAAAGAAACGGACUCCCUCUCAAUCACCAAAUCGUUCUCACAUGGAAAAGGAAGCGUCAUCUAGUGAGGAAAUGAGAAAUGAAGAUCGCAAUUCCCCGAAAGUGAGGCGUGUGCGUCAAAGGAAACAGGAUUAG